CCAGGCGGAGCCGGCGCCCGGAGCGGCAGCGGGAGAGCCGGCAGCGGGACCUCAGCGCGGGAGGCGGCCGCCGGGCGGGAGCCCCAGAGGUCCCUGGGGCCUUGGGUGUCUCAGUCUUACAUCCUGUGAGAAGUUGAGCCUCAGCCCAACCCCCCACCUGCACCCCUACCUACGCACACAGGGACAGGAGGGGGCAGGUGCAGCACUGUACAUCCUGGAGAUUGACAGACCCAGGUUCAAAUCCUAAUUCUACCCUGGAUUUGCUUCAGGGCAGGAACCAGCCUGCCGGCAGGGCACCAACCACCCAGGCCUGCCAAUGAGACCCGGCCCCUGGAGAGCCAGGCCAUGUGGGCCAGUGGCGUGGGGAGUCCUCGGCGGGGCAUGGCCCCUGCGCCCACUGAUGACCUCUUUGCCCGCAAGCUGCGCCAGCCAGCACGGCCCCCGCUGACACCGCACACCUUCGAGCCGAGGCCAGCCCGAGGUCCACUUCUGCGCAGCGGCAGUGAUGCAGGCGAGGCCCGGCCCCCAAUACCAGCGAGCCCUCGCGCCCGUGCCCACAGCCACGAGGAGGCAAGCCGCCCUGCUGCGGCCCCCACCCGGCUUUUCACUGAUCCAUUGGCACUGCUGGGGCUGCCGGCCGAGGAGCCGGAGCCCGCUUUCCCACCAGCACCUCAGCCCCACUGGUUUGCCCACUAUGACGUGCAGAGCCUGCUCUUUGACUGGUCUCCAAGACCAAGGGGGACAGGGGGCCAUGCAGAGUCCAGCUUGGGGACCCCAGCCUCAGCUGAGGACCGGACUGCCAGCUCAGACCUCCUGCUUGAGGCUCCUGGUUUUGUGAGUGAGCUCGGGGGUGAGGGCGAGCUGGGCCUGGGUGGACCAGUGUCCCCACCUGUGCCCCCUGCACUGCCCAAUGCGGCUGUGUCCAUCCUGGAGGAGCCACAGAACCGAACCUUGGCCUACAGCCUGGAGCAUGCCGACCUGGGUGCAGGCUACUAUCGCAAAUACUUCUACAGUAAAGAACACCAGAACUUCUUUGGACUGGACGACAUGCUGGGCCCAGUGGCCGUGAGCCUGCGGCGGGAAGAGAAGGAGAGCAGCGGAGGGGGCACUCUGCACAGCUACCGCAUCAUUGUGCGGACCACGCAGCUCCGGACCCUCCGCGGCACCAUCUCGGAGGAUGCGCUGCCGCCGGGGACCCCGCGGGGCCUGUCCCCGAGGAAGCUUCUGGAGCAUGUGGCGCCGCGGCUAAGCCCAACCUGUCUGCGCCUGGGCUCAGCUUCACCAAAGGUGCCGCGCACGCUGCUCACGCUGGAUGAACAAGUGCUGAGCUUCCAGCGCAAGGUGGGCAUCCUGUACUGCCGGGCGAACCAGGGCUCGGAGGAGGAGAUGUACAACAACCAGGAGGCAGGACCAGCCUUCAUGCAGUUCCUCACCCUGCUGGGCGAUGUGGUGCGGCUCAAAGGCUUCGAGAGUUACCGGGCCCAGCUGGACACCAAAACGGAUUCGACAGGGACACACUCUCUCUACACCACAUACCAAGACCAUGAGAUCAUGUUCCAUGUGUCCACGAUGCUACCUUACACCCCCAACAACCAGCAGCAGCUUCUGCGAAAGCGCCACAUCGGCAACGACAUUGUGACCAUAGUGUUCCAGGAACCCGGCAGUAAGCCCUUCUGCCCCACCACCAUCCGCUCACACUUCCAGCAUGUGUUCCUAGUGGUGCGGGCGCACGCCCCGUGCACUUCUCACACCUCCUACAGGGUGGCAGUGAGUCGCACCCAGGACACACCCGCCUUUGGGCCUGUUCUGCCCCCUGGCGGAGGUCCCUUCACCGCCAACGCUGAUUUCCGGGCCUUCUUGCUGGCCAAGGCGCUCAAUGGCGAGCAGGCAGCAGGCCACGCACGUCAGUUCCACGCCAUGGCCACGCGCACACGCCAGCAGUACCUGCAGGAUCUGGCCACCAACGAGGUGACCACUACGUCGCUGGACUCGGUUUCGCGCUUUGGCCUGCCCUCUCUGGGCGGGAGGCGGCGGGCGCCCCCUCGGGGCCCGGGCGCCGAGCUGCAGGCGGCGGGUGCGCUGGUGUGGGGUGUGCGCGCCGCGCCCGGAGCGCGGGGCGCGGCUGCGGCCGAGACAGGCGGCCCGGACCGCGCCGAGGUGCCCUGCCUACUGGGCAUCUCGGCCGAAGCGCUGGUGCUGGUGGCUCCGCGCGACGGCCGCGUAGUCUUCAACAGUGCUUGUCGCGACGUGCUGGCUUGGACCUUCUCCGAGCAGCAGCUCGACCUGUACCACGGCCGCGGGGAGGCUAUCACGCUGCGGCUCGACGGGCCCCCCGGCCAGGCGGUCGGCGAGGUGGUGGCGCGUUUGCAGCUGGUGAGCCGCGGCUGCGAGACCCGUGAGCUGGCGCUGCCUCGCGACGGCCAAGGCCGCCUGGGUUUCGAGGUGGACGCCGAGGGCUUCAUCACACACGUGGAGCGCUUCACGUUCGCAGAGACUGCGGGGUUGCGGCCCGGGGCGCGUCUGCUGCGCGUGUGCGGCCAGGCGCUGCCCAGCCUUGGCCCAGAGGCCACUGCCCAGCUGCUGCGCUCUGCGCCCAAGGUCUGCGUCACGGUCCUGCCCCCAGACGAGAGCGGCCGACCCCGCAGCAGGAGCUUUUCGGAGCUGUACGCGCUGUCCCUGCAGGAGCCCGGCCGGCGUGGGGCCCCGGAGCCAGUGCAGGAUGAGGCCCCAGGAGUGACCCUGCUGCCUGCCACGAAGCAGCUGUUGCAUGUGUGCCUGCACAACAGUGGCAGUCCUGCGGGGCCUGGGGAUCUGGCUGAGGAGAGGACUGAGUUCCUGCACAGCCAGAAUUCACCAUCACCCCGCAGUUCCCUAUCAGAUGAGGCCCCAGUUCUGCCCAACACCACCCCUGACCUCCUCCUGGCCACCACGGCCAAGCCAUCAACACCUAGUGCUGGCGGGGAGACACCCCCCACCCAGGACGGCCUAGGAAGCCCCAGUGACUGUGAGGACAGGGGUGACUCAGCCCCAGAGCUGAGGGCCUCCUUCCUGCCAAGAACCUUGUCUCUGCGGAACUCCAUCAGCAAAAUCAUGUCAGAGGCAGGCAGUGAGACCCUGGAAGACGAGUGGCAGUCCAUCUCGGAGAUUGCCUCCACUUGCAACACCAUCUUGGAGUCGCUGUCCCGGGAGGGACAGCCCAUCCCAGAGAGUGGAGAUGCCAAGGGAACUCCAAAGUCUGAUGCUGAGCCAGAACCAGGGAGCCUGUCAGAGAAGGUCUCUCACCUGGAGUCCAUGCUCAGGAAGCUGCAGGAUGACCUGCAGAAGGAGAAAGCCGAUAGGGCAGCCCUGGAGGAGGAGGUGCGAAAUCUACGGCACAACAACCGGCGGCUGCAGGCUGAAUCAGAGAGUGCAGCCACCCGCCUGCUUCUGGCCUCCAAGCAGCUGGGCUCACCCACCACUGACCUGGCCUGAACUGUCUGGUCCAGCCUCAGCCUGGCUAUGGACCUGCUCAGGUCCUUCAGGACACUUGGGUCACACCGGGCCCCAGGCCCUCCUCAGGAACUCUCCCUGCGCAGAGGCGCAUCCUAGCACUGCCCCCACUCCCCAGCCCAUUAUUUGGUGGUGAAGUUGCCCUUACCCCAUCCCUGUUUGUAAAUAUUCUGUAGAGAAAAGGGGAACUUCAGGGAGUAAAGAAGCGACUGUUA